AUGUAUCGUACGACUUUGCGAUCGGCCUCACGGCCUGUAAUUGCCAACUUGCGCUCAACCACCAUCCGUGCCGCCCCCCGACGAUUUAACUCGACAGCUUCUCCCGCCGACAAGUCCCGAUCAUGGAAGAGCUCAGCGAUGCGAUUGGGUCUGGCUUUUGGAGCCGUUUACUACUAUAACACAAGCCCUAUCUUUGCCGAUGAGGCUAUCUCAAAAACUAUACCUGCGCCCGCCGCUUUCUCUGACGACGACCUUCCCACAGUUGACUCCAUCGUUGAGGAGAAGCGCAAGCAGAUCAAGGCCAAGAGCGAGAGACCAGAAGGGUCAGGAAAGGCCUCCGAGACUCAACAAUCUAGCACACAGGCUGCCGCCGCCGAUGGCUCACCUGCUGCUCUAGAAGAAGAGGCCGGCCAGCAGGGCGCCUUCAACCCGGAGACUGGCGAGAUCAAUUGGGACUGCCCCUGCUUGGGUGGUAUGGCCGACGGUCCUUGUGGUGAGGACUUUAAGACUGCUUUUAGCUGCUUCGUGUUCUCUGAACAAGAGCCUAAGGGCAUGGACUGUAUUGAGAAGUUCCAGGGCAUGCAAGAGUGCUUUAAGAAGUAUCCCGAGAUUUAUGGCGCCGAGCUCGCAGACGACGAAGACGGCCCCCCAACUCCCGAGUUUGACGAUGAGCAGCCCGCGCCCAGCUCUCAGAGUGCCCCUGCCGUCGACUCAAAGUCCCCACCUAAAGAUUCCUCUACUUCCGCCAAGCCCGACGAGCAGGCCUCUUCACGAGCCACCUCCAACGAAGUUGAGAAGCAAGCCAAUACCACCGACACCCGAAAGGUUCAGGACGUUGCCACUCCCGUAGAGAAGCCCAGCAACCCCGAUUUGUGGCAGGACAUGCACAAGUCCGAUGUCCCCAAGAAGCAGGUGGCCGUCGAGCCCUCCCAGGCCCAUGAUGCUACCGCUGCGAAUGAGGAGAUCAAGAUUAUCGAGAAGCAGGAGGCGGCCAAGAAGGAGGCCGAGAAGAAGCAGUAA